GAUAUCUUCAUUAAUGCAUGAGCUGCGGUCAGUAUAAGAAGACUGACAACUGUCAAAUGACAAUAGUAUUAAGGAAUUACGUUCGCGCGUGGUCGAGAACAAUUGAGAAUGGCAGCGGAGAUAAAGCCCGCCCCGGGAGUAAAUCACGAUAAAUUCAGCAGCAGUCGCAAGCCGAUACUUCUAUCGAAAUUGGAGGGCUGCAGUGACGAUGUUAAUGCCGCUAUUAUUAUUCCGCGGGAAGAGGGUGUAAUCAGUAUUUGCGAUGACAGGACAGUUAGAGUAUGGUUAAAGCGGGAUUCUGGCCAUUAUUGGCCAAGUAUUUGUCAAUAUAUGCCAGCAGGUGCUACUUCCAUGCAUUAUUGUAUAGAAACGAGACAGUUAUUUGUUGGCUUGGAUAAUGGGAGUAUAAAUGAAUUUAUCUUGGAACAAGAUUAUAAUCGAAUGACAGCUAUGCGUGAUUAUCUGGCGCAUCAAGCAAGAGUCACAGGGAUUAUUUUUGCACCAGAUUCUGAGUGGGUUUUAAGUAUAGGUCGCGAUAAAUUAUUUCAACUGCACAGUUCUGAGACGGGACAGAAAUUGGGAUCAUAUCAAACAGAUGCAUGGUAUACCGCUCUACAAUUUGAUGCCCAAUCCAAACAUGCUUUCGUAGGAGAUUAUUCUGGUCAGAUAGCAAUGUUAAAGCUGGAUAAUAAUGGUGUUACCUUCAUUACUACAUUAAAGGCACACACAGGAAGUAUCCAUACAUUAGCAUGGGAUUCUGAAAAACAAUUGUUGUUUUCUGGAAGCUUUGAUCAAAGCAUUAUUGUUUGGGACAUUGGAGGUCGUCAAGGCACUGCUUAUGAACUACAAGGGCACCACAACAAAGUGACAGCAUUAUGUUAUGCGAGUAAUGAGCGUCUGCUUUUAUCCGGAGGCGAAGAUGGCGUAAUCGUUUGUUGGAAUAUGGCAGCAAAUAGGAAAGAAACUGCAACUUGGGUUGAAUCUGACAUCUGUCAGGCCUGUGGGAGACCCUUUUUCUGGAAUAUAAAAGCAAUGAUGGAUCAACGACAAUUAGGCUUGAGGCAGCAUCAUUGCCGCUAUUGUGGCCGCGCGUUGUGUGCCCGCUGCACGUCGCAACGGAUAUCUAUACCGGCGAUGGGUUUCGAGUUUGAAGUAAGAGUUUGCGAUCAGUGUCAUAUACAGCUCAAAUCUGAAAACCAGUUGUCUCUAGCCUCUUUCCAUGAUGCCAAACACAGUAUCAUUGGAAUGGAUUUAGAUGCUUCUAAGAGAAGAUUGUUGACUAUCGGGCAGGAUCGUGUUAUUAAGAUUUGGGAUAUUACCGCACUCUUUCAAUGAAUAUUAUGUACAUAUGGAUAUCGAUAUAAUGUCGAAGUUGAAAUCAAAUUAUAUAGAUAUCAUAUAUUCUGGAAUAUUGCGGAAGAAGGAAGAAUACCCCAAAACCUAUUUUUGUGAUUAUGUUAUUAUAUGUAUGAUUAUAAAUUAGAUACAAUUGGUGGUCUGCUAUGAGUCGUUCUGAUAGAAUAUCCAGAUAACAAUCAAACGAUCAGUUUAAUAGUGCUAGAGCAUGUGCUUAUUUAUAUAUAUAUUUUCUGCACUAGAUAUCAGAACAAUUCAAGAAGAUAAUGAGUACAGCUCAAGCAUGUUAAUUCAAUGGAAUCAUCUUUAAAAAUAUUGUAUCAAUGGAAUUAUCCUCCUCUCCCCAUCCUCCAGAGAAGCGUUUGUGUAAUAAUACUUGGUUACACAUAAAUAAUAGUCUCUGAAUGUAAGUGCAAAGUUCAUAAAUUUCCUAGUUCAAAACAUGUUAUAUACAAUGUGUAUAUAGCUACAAUACAACACAGACAACACAAAAA